UAAAUCUUGGGAACGUGCACGUAUACAACGAAAGAUCCACCUUCUCUCACUUUUUUUAUUUUCUUAUACUUUCUUCUCUUUUCUUCGAACGGCCGCUGUUCUUGACCAGUCUGAAGCUUUCUCUGUCCAGAACAGUUCUGUAAGAAGAAGUUUUUAUCAAAUAUUAUAUAAAAAUAUCUGUUUCGUAUUAUAUCAGACUUUCCAUCUUUCUCUCUCUAAAUCUAGGACAAAAAAAAACAUGGAAGAGUUAGAGAGAGAGAGAGGCAGCAGAAAAUGAUUGGUAAACAACAAUGAAUCGUUUUUGAUUCUGAAGUGCACAGAGAAAAGUAAUUGCCAGAGAAAGUCGCAGAGGUAACAGAGUGAAGAACCUUUUUUAGUAUAUAUCUUUGUUGAAUAAUCACAAAAAGAAAGUUUCCUUUAUUGAUCGGAUUCGAAGGAAACCCAAAAAAAAAAGAGAUUUGAUUAUUUCCAUAAAUCGCGAAGCUUUUUUCCAAUUGAAUCUUAGGCAAUGAAUGGCUUUAAGUUUUUCGAAGUACUAGUCGUCACCAGGGUUUAGAGAAACCAUGGUGGUUCUGAGGAAGACAUCCUUGUUGGUCUUCUUCUUAUUCCUCCUCUUGUUGUUAGAGUCAACGUUUGAGCAACAGACAAGUUCUCUGAAUGAGAAAUCGGCGCUUCUGCUGUUAAGGUCUUCUCUUGGGUUACGAAGCAGAGAUUGGCCUGUAAAAGGCAAUCCUUGUCUGAACUGGAACGGCAUCAAAUGUGAUCAGAAUGGUAGAGUAACUAAGAUCAACAUUUCAGGGUUCAGAAGGACAAGGAUUGGGAAUCAAAACCCGGAAUUCUCAGUUGGUUCUCUCGUCAAUCUCACCCGUCUAGCUUCCUUCAACGCCUCAAGGUUCUAUCUUCCAGGUCCAAUCCCGGCUUUGUUUGGAUCGAGUCUGUUGACUUUAGAGGUGUUGGACCUUAGCUCCUGUUCAAUCACAGGAACCAUCCCUGAAAGUUUGACUCGGUUAUCACAUCUCAAAGUUCUUGAUCUUUCAAAGAAUGCGAUCAAUGGGGAUAUUCCUCUGUCUCUUACCUCUCUUCAGAAUCUAUCAAUCCUUGAUCUUUCCUCAAACUCGGUGUUUGGUUCGAUUCCUGCUAAUAUUGGGGCACUCUCAAAGCUCCAGCGUCUGAAUCUUUCGCGUAACACCUUGACUUCUUCAAUACCUCCAUCACUCGGAGACCUCUCUGUUUUAAUUGACCUUGAUCUCAGCUUCAACGGAAUGUCAGGUUCGGUUCCAUCAGAUUUGAAAGGGCUAAGGAACUUGCAGACAUUGGUAAUUGCGGGAAAUCGCCUUUCAGGAUCCCUACCUCCUGAUCUGUUUAGUUUGCUGAGUAAACUUCAGAUCAUUGACUUCAGAGGCAGUGGUUUCAUAGGCGCUUUACCGUCCAGGUUAUGGUCGUUACCGGAGCUCAAGUUUCUAGAUAUUUCUGGAAAUCACUUCUCUGACAUGCUGCCUAAUACCACUGUCAGUUUUGAUUCUACUGUCUCCAUGCUUAACAUAUCCGGGAACAUGUUUUACGGCAAUCUCACACUUUUACUGACAAGGUUCCAAGUUGUUGACCUGUCAGAAAACUAUUUUGAAGGUAAAAUUCCUGACUUUGUGCCAACCAGAGCUUCAUUGAGCAACAAUUGUCUUCAGGGCCCAGAGAAGCAGCGGAAGUUGUCGGAUUGCACUUUGUUUUAUUCAAAAAAGGGCUUAACUUUCAACAAUUUCGGACAACAUGAAGAGAAGAAGAGUUCUAAAACUUCCUGGUUAAGCCACACGAAAAUAGUUAUACUUGCUGCAGUUGGAGGGUCUAUAUUGCUUAUGCUCAUUCUCAUAGUGUUACCAAUAACAGUGAGUUUCUGUGUCCGUCGAAGAAACAGAUCAUCAACAAGUAAUCAUCCUAGAGGAAGACACAACGGUGUUGGCCCAUUACCUCCUGAUGAAACACUUCCCUCAAGAGGAGGAGUCUCUAUAAACUUUGGGAGUCUUGGAUCAUCAUUUACCUAUCAGCAGUUGCUCAAUGCCACCAAGGAGUUCAGUGAUUCAAACCUGAUCAAGAAAGGACAAUCUGGGGAUCUUUUCAAGGGAGUUCUAGAAAACGGAGUUCAGAUCGUUGUGAAAAGAAUCAGCUUGGAAUCUACAAAGAACAACGAAGCUUAUCUAACCGAGUUGGAUUUCUUCAGCCGGUUUGCGCAUCCGAGAAUAAUCCCAUUCGUAGGGAAGAGCUUAGAGAGCGCAACUCAUAAGUUCUUGGUAUACAAGUACAUGCUGAAUAGGGAUUUACCAAGCUCAUUGUUCUAUAAAUCCAAUUCCCUAGUUGACAACGGAUUGAGAUCUCUCGAUUGGAUCACCAGACUGAAAAUAGCAUUGGGAGUAGCAGAGGGACUUGCUUACCUGCACCAUGAUUGCUCACCAUCCGUCGUCCACAGGUAUGAAAAACCAUUCCUUUUACUCUUUUUUUACUUUCAAGCCACCAUUAGUUCAUUACUGAUCUUGAGUCUUCCAAUGUUCAAUAAGGGAUAUUCAAGCAAGUAGCAUUCUCUUGGAUGAUAAGUUUGAAGUUAGGCUUGGAAGCUUUAGCAAAGCUUGUCAUCAAGAAAACAAUGGCCGUCCACGGAAAAUAGCCCGAUUGCUCAGACUAUCCCAGUAAGUGCCUCUGAUUCAUCAUAUAACCAAUUUUGAUUUAAACAUCUAACAAACAAGCUUGCUACUGUUUCCCUCUUCAGGUCUUCUCAAGAAAGUGUUCCUGGGUCUGCAGCUACAGCAACAUGUGCCUACGAUGUGUACUGCUUCGGCAAGAUACUUCUGGAGCUUAUCACAGGGAAACUCGGAAUCAGCUCAUGUAAAGAAACCCAAUUCAAAAAAAUCCUAACCGAGAUCAUGCCUUACAUUUCAUCGCAAGAGAAAGAACCCGUAAUGAACAUUCUAGACCAAUCUCUUCUGGUCGACGAAGACCUCUUAGAAGAAGUCUGGGCAAUGGCAAUCGUCGCUAGAUCUUGUCUUAACCCAAAACCAACGAGACGGCCGCUUAUGAGACACAUAGUACAAGCCUUGGAGAAUCCACUGAGAGUUGUGAGAGAAGACAGCAGCGAAUCUGAGAGAUUCCGUACGACUGGAUCUUCGAGAGGAUCUUCGAGUAGCGGUCGAAUAUUUGGUAGUUGGAGACAGAGCGUGUCUGAUCCUGUCGCAGCGGGAACAAGUAGCCUUCUGUCUCAGGCGGAGGGUUUAGCGACUGGAUCGUCAGCGAGAGGAAGUAGCCGUGGCGCGUCGAGUCGACGGAGUAUGAAAGAUGUAUAGAAAGAAAGACACACACACACACGAUCAAUAUUUAUUUUUUGACGUCAAUUUUUAAUUAUUUUUUAUGUGUGGUUAUGAUUUGAUCUCUUGUUGAUAAAAAAUUCCCGUUAAUUUAUAAUAUUUUUCGAUGAUCAAACCAGACCAGUCUUUUGAGUUUUGAUAUUCUCGGGUAGCAAACUAGCAAUUCGUUUUGUAUGGGGUGGGAAUCGAAAUGUUUUAUACUUUGGGGCA